AUGAUAUUUGUUCAUCUCAUAUUUUGGUUGUUGAUAAUUCUUUUUAUUUAUUUUUUAAUUAAAUGUCAUGAAUAUAUAAAUGGAAUAAUUGUUUUUAUUGGUGGAUUAUUUAUUGAAAAACUUCAUUUAACGAAUGUUUUAUUUAAUAAUUCAACAUAUCAUGCAUUUGUUAAUUAUAUUUAUUGGCUUUUAAAAAGCAAUUCAUUGAUUACAAUUGUUGGUUUAUUAAUAGCUAUUUCAACAUUUUCGACACUCAUGGCAAUGUUUAAACAAUGGAUCAAAAUUGGUGUACUUAUAACAAUAUUGUAUUGGCUUGGUAGUUAA